GUUGGCAGUGUGACAAUGGAUUUCACUAGAUUCAUGAAUAAAUUCAACGAAAUCGAACGCCAGCUGUCGCCCACAUCGGCGCUGCGUCUGAGCUUUGAUAAUAUCUCACCGGAGACCGAAGAACCGCCGGAUGGCAAACGAUUGUGGGGAAUGCCAGUGCCGCCCUUUGUCUCCGAUAAGGUCGUCUCCUGGAUCGAGGAGGAGUUCAACGAGGCGCCUGUCUACUACAACGGCAACUGUGUCCUCAAAAAGGUGGAAAAUGUGCGCAUGAUUGAUCGCUAUAACACCAAAAAUCCGACAGUUGGCACUUUGUAUCUGACGGCCACACAUUUGAUAUUCGUGGAGCCCGACAGUAACAAGGAGACCUGGAUUCUACACAUGCACAUAGCCAGCAUUGAGAAGUUGCCGCUUAGCACCACGGGAUCGCCACUCUUGAUACGCUGCAAGACGUUUCUGUCCGUGACAUUUGUAAUACCCAAGGACUCGGAAUGCCAUGACGUUUAUACAUCGCUUUUGAAGCUCUUUCAACCGGUUUCCAUCAACAAGUUGUACUGCUUCAACUAUCAGCCGGCUAAAGAUGAUUUUCCCAAGAAUGCUGGCUGGGAUUUCUUCAAGUUGGAGGCCGAAUUUAAGCACAUGCUGGUGCCGAAUGACAACUGGACACUGUGCUCCAUGAACGAGAAGUAUGAGCUGUGUGAUACCUAUCCGCGACAGAUCUAUGUGCCCAAGGAAGCCACCACAUUAAUGCUCUUAAGCAGCUCACGUUUUCGCUCCAAGGGUCGUCUACCCGCAUUGACCUAUUUGCACAACAAUAAGGCAUCCAUAUGUCGCUGCAGCCAGCCGCUGUCGGGUUUCAGUGCGCGUUGUUUGGAGGACGAGCAAAUGUUGGAGGCCAUACGCAAGACAAAUACCAAUACCGACUACAUGUACGUGGUGGAUACCCGACCACGUAUAAAUGCCAUGGCCAAUCGGGCCGCGGGCAAGGGCUACGAGAACGAGGCCUUUUAUGAGAACAUCAAGUUCCAUUUCCUCGGCAUUGAGAACAUUCACGUACAACGUGCCAGCCUACAAAAGGUGCUGGAGGCUUGCGAACAGAAAUCACCCACAAUGAGCGCAUUUCUAAAUGCCCUGGAGUCAUCCGGCUGGCUAAAACACAUUCGCUCCAUAUUGGACACGUCGAGCUUCAUUGCCAAUGCUGUCGAUAAAGGCGUCUCGGUGGUUGUGCACUGCUCCGACGGCUGGGAUCGCACUGCACAAGUUUGUUCGCUGGCACAGCUUAUGCUGAAUCCGUAUUAUCGCACAAUUAAGGGCUUUCAGGCCCUCAUCGAGAAGGAUUGGUUGGCAUUUGGACACAAAUUCAGCGAGCGUUGUGGCCACAUCCAAACGGAUGGCCGUGAGGUGUCGCCCAUUUUUACGCAGUUCCUUGAUUGCACCUGGCAGCUGAUGACGCAGCGCAGCGAGUCCUUUGAAUUUAAUGAACGUUUCCUGCUCAUACUACAUGACCAUGUGCACUCCUGUCAAUUCGGCACGUUCGUCGGCAACUGCGAGAAGGAUCGCCUCGAUCUAAAGCUGGCUGAGCGCACGUUUUCGCUGUGGGGUUACAUGUCCAACCAUUUGAACGAGUAUAUUAAUCCGCUGUACAAACCCAACGUAGAUGAGUCGAUCAAGGCCAAUCUGGCGCCGCAGUGCAUUAAAUUCUGGCGGGGCAUGUACAGUCGCUUUGAGAGCGGCAUUCAUCCACGCGAACCGCUGGGUGAUCUAUUGUUGGACAGCAAAGAGCAUUGCAACUCUCUGGAAGAUCAUGUGCAGCACUUGACGAAACGCAUUGCUAGCUUCAAGAAUUACAUUUCCAAGUCGGCCAAGAAACUGCAGGAUGCGACCACCACCAACCCCAAAGCGAGCAAGGAGGCGACCUCCAAUGAAAUCAAUGACAACAAAUACAACUACGAUAAGAAGCUUAGCGAAUUGUCCGCAGCAGACGAUGAUCAUCCGCUAAAGGCGAACAAUAUGUCCUUUGCGAAUCUGUCGCUUAAUGCCGAGCAGUCCAGCCCAGAAGGCUUGACCGAGGAGAUCUCCUCCGUUGCAGUAGAUUGGAAGCCCAUGCGCAAUGUUACCUCCUGCUCCUGCUCCACACCCUUCGAUCAAUUCACCAAAAAGAUACAUUGUUUUCGCUGUGGAGACAUCUUCUGCGAGCGCUGUAUUGAUAAGAACGUAGCGCUACCAGGACACGACAGCGGCAAGCCGGUUCCUGUGUGCCGUGGCUGCUUUCGGCAAAUGCAAAAGCAGAGUCCUUAAGCCCAUACAUAGUAUAAUCCUAGCUGUAAAUUGUUGAGCAUGUGACGUGGAGUGAAUGUAGAAACAAAGAGACAGAGAGAGAGAGCGAAAUCGAGAGUGUGAUCAGAUUAGUUUUGGGUGAAAUACAUAGACAUACAGCUAUAAAUAUUAUA